AUGAAGAAUGAGAUACAAUGUCUUGAUUUGGUUAUGCGGAAGAUCGAUGAUGAUGAUGGGGUUCGGGUCCCUGAUGUGCAAUCCGGUCCGAAUCAAACUGGGAUUGUUCUUGAUGUUGGUAUAUCUCCUCAGGAGAUACCUACUAGACAGAAUCAUCCAAGAGAUGUCCCUAAUAAUGUAGGUAUUACUCCAGAGAUAGCACCAGUCCAUACAGUGCGGGGCUCUAAUAAUGUGGAAUGGUCGAAUCAUGAUCAAGAGGAGCCUUAUGAGAAUGAAAGAGCUGUAGAUUCAGAUGAUGACCGUCCUAUACCCCCAUUGAGCGCAGAAGAUAGAAAGCUCAUCAGACAAGUUUGUCCUGAUAUUGAUCCAGACGUGCCAGAAUUCAGUGAUGUCUGGAAUCUUGACAAGGCAUAUGUAGAAGGAAGAGAAGCUGAUCUCUUAGAGUGUCGUGAGCAUGGUGAUGAUGAAGUACUAGAAGAUAAGAAGGGCAUUGUUUUCAGGGACCUGCCUACACUGCAGAGGAUGGCACUGCCCCACCUGUUGGAGCACUACUACGAGGAGAACCAUCGAGGACGACGCAUUGCAGUGGGGGAGGUACUGCCCCUGCUUUGUCCUCGAACCCAUGACAGGUUCUUGGAGAUGCGGUACGAUGACAGGUACACCCCUCUGUUGCAGAGGGCUGACCUGGACGUUGUAUCGUACCAGGUUCACCGCGGGUUGCCUGAAAUCAACCCCGCGGCGAUCACAGCUUUGGUUGAUAGGUGGAGGCCGGAAACUCAUAGUUUCCACCUACCUUGUGGUGAGAUGACCGUGAUACUUGAGGACGCUCAGAAGAUCCUUGGUCUCAGCAUUAGAGGGUGUGCAGUCACCGGCACGUGUGUGUCUCAGGGUUGGAGGGGCCGAGCGGAGGCCUUCCUUGGGAGAGCUCUUCCCGCAGCAGCGCCAAAUUCCCGUACCUCGGGAGUACCUCUUUCCUGGCUCCGUGAGAACUUUGGCGAAUGUCCGGAGGAUGCUAACGCCGAGACUGUGAGCUUCUACUGCAGAGCUUGGAUCCUCCAUUUGUUCGGCAUUGUUCUCUUUCCGGAUAGCACUGGUGACACCGCUUCUUGGAUGUACCUCCCUUGCCUGACGGACUGGGACACUGCGUGGGGGGGGUAUAGCUGGGGUGCCGCAGUCUUUGGUUUCUUGUACCGCAACCUUUGCGAGGCAUGUCGCCGUACUUCACGGAACCCAUCCAUUGGGGGGUGUGUGUUUCUUCUUCAGGUGUGGAUGUGGUUUCGGUUACCAGUUGGGCGGCCGCAGACUCUUGAUCCGCGUCCGUGGUUUGAGGUCGUCGGCCACCGCCUUAGACCCACUGCUGCUUACUUGUGGGACCAGGUCCGCACUAACUGGGCCAGACCAGAGCACGCUUAUGUCGAGUACACGAACGAGUUGGACACACUUACUCCUUCCAUGGUGAUAUGGCAGCCGUUCACGGAGGAGAGGCUGGGCCCCCUACAGUUAAGCUCUAUGUGCCAUGUGGAUGAGGACAUGUACACGAUGUCGAACUGCCCAUUGAUUUGCUUCUAUGCUGUGGAGUUCCACCUGCCGCACAGAGUUGAACGACAGUUUGGGUUGCAACAGGAGUGGCCUGUGCGUCAGAUGUCGACGUCUGUGGAAUUGCACAAGAUUGAUCGGCAGAAGCAAAAGAAGACUCACGAUUUCGAGCACCUGCACCGAGACUACAUCGAUCUGUGGGACCAGGGCACAGACCUGGUGGAGGAUGAUCAGCAGCCCCACAGCAACGAGCAGUUUCGUGAGUACCUAGCUUGGUACUGCAGGGUGACACGCACGAGGCUACGGCAGCAGUGGACAGGAGUGGACUAUGCCGACAUAGAGUCUUCGGAGGACGAGGACACCGUGUACGACCGUUCUACUCGGGAGGGCAGAGUUGUUGAGGCUGGACCUAUGUUCGAUCGUGUGGUAUGUUAG